CCUCCGCCGAGGCCUGGGCCGGCCCGCCGCCGCCGCCGCUCGGCCGAUGCGCCCGGGUCGGCCGCCAUGGACAAGAUCCUGGAGGGGCUGGUGAGCUCGUCUCACCCGCUGCCGCUGAAGCGGGUGAUCGUGCGGCGGGUGGUGGAGUCGGCGGAGACGCCGCUGAGCCAGGCGCAGUGCCGCGCCAUGUUCGCCCUCAGCACUCGGCUGGUGCUGCAGGGCCCCGACCCCUUCCAGCGGCAGGUGGGGCGGCAGGUGCUGGAGGCCUACGGCCGCUACCACCGGGCCGAGUUCGAAGCCUUCUUCAACCGCGGGCUCGUCCUGGGCCUCCUGCAGCGCGGCUACGGCGAGCUGAGUAACCGCGACCCGGCCAUCCUCGACUACAUCCAGGCGGGGCUGCGCCUCAUCAUGAGCUGCCCUUCGGUGCUGGAGCUCUUCGAGCUGCUGCAGGUGGAGGCCCUGAGGCUGGUGUGCGAGCGGCCGGCCCCGCCGCUCUGCGCCCGCCUCUGCCAGCUCCUGGGAGACUUCCCCCAGUGCCUGCCCCGCGGCAGAAAGCUCUCCCUCGCCUUCUGCCAGCAGCUGGUCCGCAGCAUCGCCCACUUCCAGAGCCAGGGUAGCCGGGAGGCCGAGCUGCGCCUCUACGUCUCGCAGGUGACUCAGGUCAGCGGGCUGCUGCGGAGCGUCUGGAAGGCCGAGCCCGACACCCUGCUGCCCUCCUUGCAGGAGCUUUUCGCCAUCAUCUCUGCCGUCGAUAAUUCAUUUGAACCUUCUGUUGCACUGGCAAGUCUUGUGCAGCACAUACCAUUACAGAUGAUUACAGUACUCAUCAGGAGCCUUACUACAGAUCCAAAUGUGAAAGAUGCAAGUAUGACUCAAGCUCUGUGCAGAAUGAUUGACUGGUUGUCCUGGCCUCUGGCGCAGCAUGUGGAAACAUGGGUGAUUGCACUGCUGAAAGGACUGGCUGCAGUCCAGAAAUUUACCAUCCUCAUCGAUGUCACUCUGCUUAAAAUUGAAUUGGUCUUUAAUCGACUUUGGUUUCCUCUCGUGAGGCCUGGUGCCCUUGCAGUCCUUUCCCACAUGUUACUUAGUUUUCAGCAUUCUCCAGAAGCUUUUCAUUUGAUUGUCCCACAUGUCGUCAGCUUGGUUCACUCCUUCAAAAGAGAUGGCUUACCUUCCAGUACAGCCUUUUUGAUGCAGUUGACUGAGUUGAUACACUGUAUGAUGUAUCAUUAUUCAGGAUUUCCAGAACUCUAUGAACCCAUAUUGGAAGCUAUUAAGGAUAUGCCCAAACCCACUGAAGAGAAGAUUAAGCUGAUUCUCAGUCAGAGUGCCUGGACUUCUCAAUCCAGUUCUCUGCCAUCUUGUUUAUCUAGACUUUCUGGAAAAUCUGAAACUGGGAAGACAGGUCUAAUUAAUCUAGGAAAUACUUGCUACAUGAACAGUGUUAUUCAGGCACUUUUUAUGGCUACAGAUUUCAGAAGACAUGUUUUAUCUCUGAAUCUAAAUGGGUGUAAUUCACUAAUGAGAAAAUUACAGCAUCUUUUUGCAUUUUUGGCCCAUACCCAGAGGGAGGCAUACGCUCCUAGAAUUUUCUUUGAGGCUUCCAGACCACCAUGGUUCACCCCUCGAUCCCAGCAGGAUUGCUCAGAAUAUCUCAGAUUCCUGCUAGACAGGCUGCAUGAAGAAGAGAGAACCUUGAAAGCAUUGUCUUCAGCAAAGGCUUCUGAAAGUAUAAUGAAUGAAGAGUCCCAGACACAAGAAGCUGUCCAUAAAGCACAAGCGUUUGCUGAAGCAUCUUGUGUGGGAAGUGAAGAAAGAACUCUGAUAGAGAAGAUGUUUGGAGGAAAAUUGAAGACUACUAUAUGCUGUUUGAACUGCAAAAGUAUGUCUCAAAAGGAAGAAGCUUUUACAGAUCUCUCUCUGGCUUUCUGUCCUCCGACUUCCUUGGAGAAUGUUGGCCCAAAAUGUGUGGAACGUUCUGAAGUGAAGGAUGACUGCGUGGUGCAAGCUAAUACUUCAGCAACUAGUCUUGCUGGAGAAACACCUCUCAAUAAUUCGGAAGUAAAUGGUGGCUGUGACACAGUAAUGAAUGAAGGAACCAUAAAAGAUUUUUCUAAUGAGCCAAACUCUGAGAAUACCGCAAACUCUGAACUCAACAAAGAUAAUGGGGAUAUGUCUCAGAGGCUAGUAGGUAAAAACACCUUGUCCGUUACAGACUUACUGAAUUAUUUUCUGGCACCUGAAAUCCUUAGUGGAGACAAUAAGUAUUAUUGUGAAAAGUGUGCCUCUCUACAGAAUGCUGAGAAAACUAUGCAAAUCAUUGAGGAACCCGAAUACCUCAUUCUCACUCUUUUGAGAUUUUCAUAUGAUCCAAAGUGUCAUAUAAGGCGCAAAAUCUUGGACAAUGUAUCUCUGCCACUUGUUUUGGAACUGCCAGUCAAAAGAACAACAUCCCCUCUAGCUGUUGUUUCGGGAGGUUGGUCUGUUGGUGUUGAGAUUUCUGAUAUUGGAGAAAAUCUUGCUAAAAAACUGAAGCCCUCAGGUGCUGAUGAAGUGACCUGCCCACAAUCAGUGCCCUAUAUGUUAAGCUCUGUGGUGGUGCAUUCUGGUGUUUCCUCUGAAAGCGGACAUUAUUAUUCAUAUGCUAGAAAUGUUACUGGGUCGGGGCCUUCAGGACUCUGCCACCAGUCUACAGCUCUUUCUUUAGUUUCUCCUCAGGAUAAAUUGUUGACAGAGGAGAGUCCUUGUACUGUUGUAGAAAAUGAACUGGACACUGAGAUGCCAAGAGAAUGGUUUCUGUUCAAUGACAGCAGAGUGACAUUUACCUCAUUUCAGUCAGUCCAGAAAAUUACCAGUAGAUUUCCAAAGGACACUGCUUAUGUUCUGUUUUACAAAAAGCAAAAUAGCACCUGUGGCUUCAACACCAAUUCAGCAAAUGGACUCUGGAUAAAUGGAGACCCUCCCCUGCAAAAAGACCUCAUGGAUGCAAUUACGAAAGAUAACAAACUGUACUUGCAGGAGCAAGAGCUUAGUGCUCGAACCCAAGCACUUCAAGCUGCCUCAGCCUCCUGCUCUUUCCGACCCAAUGGAUUUGAUGACAACGACCCCCCGGGGAGUUGUGGCCCCACAGGUGGAGGAGGAGGGGGUGGGUUCAGUACUGUUGGGAGAUUAGUCUUUUGACCAACGAAGACAACCUGGAAUACACUGGUUCCAAAGCAGCCCAGUACUGCUGAGGACAACUAUAAUAUUGAACUUUGUCAGCUAUUGUACCAAGCUUUGAGACUCGAUCCUUGUUCAAAAGCAAAUGUUGGGGUGUUUUUGGUUAUGUUUUAUUUGAAAUAAAUAAGCGCAUAAUGGAAAAAACUACCUCUUAAAAAUUCAGUUGCUUUUAUGGUAAGAUACACUUGCCCAAGAGACAGAAAAUGGAGAUUUUUAAGUAGUUGCUAAUGACAUUGCAUUAAACUGAACCAACGCACUUACAUCAGUUUCUAUUGUCCUCAUCCACUGAAUGAAGAAAGCUCUUGUUUGUUUUUUUUUUACUCUUGACGGUAUUGCUUUAUGUGGAAAUCCUUUUCAGAUGGGCUAAACUGCAUACGUAGUCUCUCACCCCCACCUUAUUUUCAAAUCCGGUACCUUUAUGGGUUUCCAGAGAUGAUGCAAUUUAUAAUGAAGGCAAUAAUUUAAAUGUGACAUGAGACGGUACUUUCCAGAUUACAAAUUAUUCAACAUAUUUCCAGUGUAAAUGUAAAGAAGAAAAAAAAAAUAAUUUAUAAAUAUUUGCUAAGUUGUUUUCCAAAAAAGUGCAUGUUCUAUAGGAACAAUGUUUUUAAAUAGAAAUUAACUUUGUAGCAUUUCUAAUUGUUUUGAGGAUUUUAAAAUUAUUUCAGGGAAUAUAUCUGCUCUGUAUUGGAAAGAAAGAGAUUCUGUAUGUGCCUUGCAGUAAUGUAACUUAAAACAAACUUUCUGAGGCUGCAGAAAUGGGGAAAAAUGUGUUAGCAUUCAAUUUUUUUUGUUUUCAGUAUUUGAAAUUAAUAUAUUUAUAGAAAGCUAUUAGGUUUCCAGAAGUAAAAAUCUGUUAGUUUGAAAUGCAGUGAAUUGCCCAUUAUUUUUUGAUUAAAAAACACAUACCUAGUGAUCUAUAAUUUUUGUGGCCUGCAUUGCUAAGAAAAAGCUGGUCAUAAAUACUGAGCUUUGUUUGUGAAAUGACAGAGAGGCUACCUGUAUUGAUCUUUGCUGAGGAUCUGUGCUUCUAAGAGUCCUUUGAAGUUUUGCCUUCUGAUUUUUGCUGGUAGUGAGAAAUUGCCGGUGAGUUUGGGUUUUAACUGUCUGCAGAAGACCAAAAGGAUGCUGUCUGUGGAGCAGCAUUUGCUUCUUAGGCCAGCAGAGGUUGAGGAUGCACUCUUUUUAGUCUUGGGAGAAAUAGCAACUUCGUUUUUUGAUGUGCAAUGAGGAUGACAAGUAAAUGAGUUACACUGUUGAACCUGGUGAUUAAUUCUUAACUUGAAUAAUCUUAUAGUGAAGUGUAAAUUUAUUUAAAGUAUUUUUACAAAGUUCUGCACUGUUUUACUGUGGUUUUAUAUUCUACUAGGUGACAAAGUGCAUCCUUAAUAAGCAUGCAAACCUGGCAGGUGAUAGCUUAACUAUACAAAAUAAAUUUCUUAGAAAAUGCCUUUUAAAAGCAUAAAAUAAGUUGAGAAAAUUAAACCUUGUUCAUAUGAUAACAAAUAUAUGGAGUUUAGUCUGAAAGGUAACUUAGCUUGCAAGCUAUUUUUAUAUUAUCACUAAAACUAUGCUAUUUGCUCUGCUAUAUGUUCAUAUGUUACUGCUCAAGAAAGCUAGAGCAGCUCACUUUCCUUUUUUUAAUAGUUUCCAAGCUUUGUUUUGACUGGUUUGUAGUACCUUGGCUUUGACCUACGCUUUCAUUGCUAUCUCAGUUGUAGGUCUCUGAACUGGGGGUUCAGCUGUGGAAAUGUGGAAUGUUAUGAGACUAGUGUGAGGAACAUUCUCAUUUCAUUGUGCUUGGACGAGGUUUUCUUGAAAGCUUACUUUCUCACUUUGCCUUGAAAUUCCGUAACUUUCAGUCUAAGAGGGUUUUUUAUUUCCUUUUAGGCUUCUCUGCCAGUUAGCUCUGGUUUUAAAAUGUUUUAUACAACAAGUUAACUUAUCUUGUCUUUCCAAAAUCAUGAGGACACACUAAAAAGCUGUCUGCUGUUUGCAUUACAAUGGGAGUAUUUUGUCUCUCUGUAUCAACUUACUCUUCAUUUUAAAACACUAGUAAGUAGAAGCAGGGGCAAGUGUUUUGACUCUAUAGGAAAUCAUAAUUUUGUAAAGGUCAGUCUUGUUUUUAUGUUCUCACAGUAAAAAUACAAAUUAUGUAGCUUACCUAAAAAUAGCGUGCAGUAUGAGUUUUGUAUACCUAUUGUACUAUAUUUAUUUUAUGAGCUCUUAGAAGGCUUUAUACACCCUUGUUUGCCUGUUCUAAAUUAGGUGUUAAAUAUGGAAAUUUUAUAUGAGAGUAAUGCCAAUAGGGUUGGAUCUCCUUAGGUAUUAAACCAUGGUAUGUCUCAAACUGAAAAUAACUUCUUUCUUUCCCCUUGUUGACUUCUGUUGACACAGUUACUUUUGGUUUUACAAAUAGAUUUUAAAAUUCAGAAUACAUAUUUGCAAGUCUGCUUGCUGACCUGUCAACCGUCGCAGGCCAAUUCAUACCUAACUUGGAAGGUUUCAAUAAAACUAGUGAAAGUGGAGAAGUACAUCUCACACUCUAAAAUGUACACUGUUUUUUUCAUUGUUUACAGUAAUGGUGUUGCAUGCUCCUAUCUUCUGGACAUAAUAUGAGAGAACAAUGUACAUAUGGUACUUCGAUUUCUGUUGCCUGUGAAUGAAUGCUGGAUGGUUUGUUUAUUGACCUUUUCGGCUCCAUUCUUGAUUUGUUUUCUAUUGAAGUUGAAUCAGUAGAAAGAUACAAAAUAUAUAAUGCUGUUUCUGAAGCUUAGGUGUUUUUGUUGUUUCCUCUCAUGAAGGACACUCUAUUGUACCGAACUCAAGGAUGGUAUGUCUUUUAAAAUCAUAUUUCCUUUUAACAA